AUGAAUAAUGUGUCUGUCCCCCCGGUUUUUGUCUCUCUCUCUCUUUGGAAUGCGAAUGGUCUUCGUCAAACAACAGUUCAUGAUGUUAUUUCUCAUAUUGUUGAUACUCAUGUUCUGUUUGUAACUGAAACUUGGCUCACUUCUGGUUCCUAUCCGAUUGACUGGUCUCAAUAUCACCUGUAUGGUUCAAAAGUACCUGGUGCUUUCAACCGUGGUUCUGGUGGUAUCACUGCUUUCGUCUCUCCUUCUUGCCCCUUUACGGUCUCCCAACUCCCUUCAUACAAUCCGCACACUCUGUCUCUCAAGGUUGGCACCCUAACGGUUCACUGUGUUUACUUUCCUCCACCCUUAUCCUCUGAUAAGGUGCUCUCGGCCCUCAGCUCAUUACCUAUGACUAGGGAUACUAUUCUCUGCGGUGAUUUCAAUGCUCGGUUGGGUCCUCUGACUGGUGAUGCUAUCUCCAAUGCUCGUGGUAAUGCUCUCAAACCUUGGUUUGACGAACAUUGCUUAUCUGUGCUUAAUGCGUCUUUGGCUUUUGGUGUUAAGACUUACUCUUCUUUUCGGCAGCAGCAAGAAUUGAGUAGUAUUAUCGAUUUGUUUCUGACAAAUAUUGGUGAUGUUGCUUUGGUGAACCCUCAACUGGUGGUUGAGUCUGAUCUGUCUCUUGGUUCUGACCAUCGAUUGAUGUCACUUACUUUCGAGUAUGUGCCACCUCUUGAUGACACUGUGGCUCCUGGUGAUUCUGUUCUGGCUCCUAGGCGGCAAUGGAAGCUCUCGAAAUUGACGAAAGAGAGGCCUUUGGGCCUACUCCGUGAAUCCUUUCGAUCUUCUGUUGCUCCUCUGGUUGUUACUCUCUCUGGUUUGGUGUCUGCUCCUCCUGGUACUCGUCCCGACAUUGAUGCACUCAACGGUUCUUUGAACCAAUGUUUGUAUGAAUGUUUGGAUAGCUCAAUAGGUGUGAAGUCUGGCCGUCCUGGCCAUUGGAAGAAAUACUGGACGCAAGAAAUCCAAGACGCGGCUACUGAACGGGAUCGUCUCUACAGUCGAUGGCGGUAUGCCCUUGGGUAUACUAAGAUUGAUUGUUGGGUCUUAUACAAGCAAGCUCAUCGCCGUUUUCGCUCUCUGGUACAGUCUGCUAAGCGCAAGUCCUGGCAUAAGUUCUGUGGUGCUCUGGAAAGAGACUUCUCAAAAGCUACUGCUGCUAUAAAACGCAUCAAGCGCAAUAAAGAGUCUUCACCUACGUACAGUCACCCAGAUGGUCCUGCUGCUUCUGUUGCUACUAUGGGCUCUCAUUUGGCUACGGUCUACGAAGGUGCUCUAUUAAAUACUGCUUCUCGUCCUGCUCCUGUCACUCCUAUGGUCUCUGACUUGCCUUUCUGUCUCCCUGCGGACAUGUCUUUGUUUGAUACUGAUACCUUGGUACUGUGUAUUAAACGUCUGCCGACGCAUAAAGCUCCUGGUCCUGACCACAUCAAGGCUGAGAUGUUAAAAGCUCUGACCUCAGAAAUUGCCCCAGUGCUCUCUCUGCUGUUUCACCUCUGCUAUCAAUGGUCUUAUACUCCUGGUUUAUGGCGCCAAGCCCAGGUGUUUCCGAUUUUCAAGAAGGGUGAUGCUUCCGAUCCUGGUAAUUAUCGACCAAUUUCGCUCACUUCGGUGGUGCGUAAGUUGUUUGAGUUCUGUCUCAUGCCGGCUCUGGAUGAACACUCCCCUGCUCUGGAUAUUGCUCAAGGUGGCUUCCGUCCUCAACGUAGUCCUCUGGAUCAAGCCCUCUGCUUGCAUGACUUGAUGCAUGAUUACUUUCUGACUCACCGUCGCUAUCCUGUGGUGGCUUUCUUGGAUAUCAAGUCUGCUUAUGAUACUGUCGAUCGUAGGGUUAUAUGGCAAGCCCUGUCUGGUUCUACACUUCCUCGUCCUGUUCUGGGUCUUUUGAUGAACAUGUUUGACGAUGUCUCAGUCUCAGUCUUGAUUGCUAAUCAUACCUCUGCUGCUUUCUCUCCUGUUACUGGUGUACUUCAAGGCUCAGUACUCAGUCCUCAUUUGUAUUCGUUGUAUAUCAAUUCCUUACCGAAUCUUUUGCGUUCUGUUGAUACUGGUGCUACGAUGGUCAGUCCUCCUGGUGCUAGUCGUCCUAUUGCCAUCAAUAGCUUGCUCUUUGCCGAUGACGUUGCUAUCUUUGGGUCUUUGUCUGGUGUCCAGUCUAUGUUGGAUCUUGCUGCUGAACACUCUGUCUGUCUUGGUUAUAGGUGGAAGCCAUCUAAAUGUGCUGUGCUCGGUUCUCCUGCUGCCCUCUCUGAUGCUCGUCUUACUCUCUACAAUGAGCCGCUGCCGGUGGUAGAUGAGUUUGUGUAUCUUGGUAUGCCGUUUCGAUAUAAAGGGCUACAUGCUCCUAGUAUCUUGUCUCUGCGGUCCGCUGGUGCUGUCAAGGUUAUGGCUCUGCUGAACUCUGUUGGUGUCAACCGUAAUGGUUUCUCUCUGCUGCUCUGUUCUCGUCUGUACAAGGCUUUCGUUAGACCCAAGAUUGAGUAUGGCCUCGCUAUAUCUCAUCUUGACUAUCGUACCUUUGAGGCUCUUGACAAGCUCCAAAACCGGCUGGUUGGUAUGUUCGUGGGUGGUUCCUGGUUCAACGUUGCUAAGCACAUUACCUGUCUCCCUUCAAUGAAACAUCGGUAUAAUGUCUUGGCAACUAGGUAUGCUCUUCGUUCUGCUACUCUACCUGAGGAUAGUCUUGUGGUGGUUCUUCGUGGUGCUCUGUCGUACACUCGACUGGAUCGGUACAUCUGUGAAAACAGUUUGUAUAGAUCUCUGCCUGACCCUGUCCCUUCAUUUGCUGGUCUCAAGGCUCACUUCUCUGACUUCUGGCAAGAUCAGGUUGACCAACAACUGGCUGCUGCUACUACUACUGGUAAACAUGUUCUGCUUCGUGCGUGCCGUCCUUCUGUCUCUCGCCCUGAUCCCAUACUGUACUUACCUAUUGGUCGAUCGGCUCGUAGUCGUUUGGUUCGUUGGCGUCUUGGUCGUUUUGCAAACAUGCGUGAGGAAUGUCCCUGCAUGGAUGGAUCUUUCAUCUCUCGAAAUCACUUCCCUCAAUGUCGUGCUUUGGAUCGUGAUCUGUGGGAUGCUCUGCCUGCUGCUCCUCCUGGUGUACAUGUCAUUGACAAUGCCCUGAACAUGCUGCCUAUAAGUGGUUCUGCUGGUCCUCCAGUAUACUGGUCUGCGUUACUAUCUUUGCUUCAUGCAAUCGACUGUCUGGUCCACCCUUUGGCUACUAUCGCCCCUGAUCCUGAUCCCGGAUCAUUGUGGUUCUAUCCUCCCUCUCAUGGCUAA